AUGUUCGACUGGAUCAGCCACAACAAAGAAUUGUUCCUGCAGAGUCACACAGAGAUCGGUGUGAGCUACCAACAUGCCCUUGACCUACAGACGCAGCACAAUCACUUUGCCAUGAAUUCCAUGAAUGCCUAUGUCAACAUCAAUCGGAUCAUGUCUGUUGCAUCAAGGCUUUCUGAGGCAGGCCAUUAUGCUUCCCAGCAAAUUAAACAAAUAUCUAGCCAGCUGGAUCAAGAGUGGAAGAGUUUUGCUGCAGCUCUGGAUGAGCGCAGCACCAUCUUAGCCAUGUCUGCUGUCUUUCACCAGAAAGCUGAACAGUUCCUUUCAGGUGUAGAUGCCUGGUGCAAAAUGUGCAGUGAAGGAGGCCUUCCCUCAGAAAUGCAAGACCUGGAACUGGCCAUCCAUCAUCAUCAGACCCUGUAUGAACAAGUCACACAGGCCUACACAGAGGUACGUGCUUCUCAGAGAAGAAUGUGAGUACCUGUGAAAUGAUAACAUGUAUUUAAUUGCAUUUUGGAACUUAACUUUU